UGCACGCCGGGCAAGAGGAAGACCUCCAGAAGCUCCCCGCGCAGCGCGGCUGUGUUUGCGGCCUGUGCGAGUAGGCGCUUCGGAACCAGACUCCCGGCGAGCGGCGCGCAGAGACCUCGAACCGGUGGAGUCCGCUGGUAACCUGGAGCCCGGAACACCGCGAAGACCGCACCGUUUCCUCAGCGGCGGACCGCUGCAGUAAGAAUGUCUUUCCCCCCUCAUUUGAAUCGCCCUCCUAUGGGAAUCCCAGCGCUUCCACCAGGGAUCCCACCCCCACAGUUUCCUGGUUUUCCUCCACCUGUACCUCCAGGGACCCCAAUGAUUCCUGUACCAAUGAGCAUUAUGGCUCCUGCUCCAACUGUUUUAGUACCCACUGUGUCCAUGGUCGGAAAGCAUUUGGGAGCAAGAAAGGAUCACCCAGGCUUAAAGGCUAAAGAAAAUGAUGAAAAUUGUGGUCCCACUACUACAGUUUUUGUUGGCAACAUUUCUGAGAAAGCCUCAGACAUGCUUAUAAGACAGCUCCUUGCUAAAUGUGGCUUGGUUUUGAGCUGGAAGAGAGUACAAGGUGCAUCUGGAAAACUUCAAGCCUUUGGCUUCUGUGAGUAUAAGGAACCCGAGUCUACCCUCCGCGCGCUCAGGUUAUUGCAUGACCUGCAGAUUGGAGAAAAGAAGCUCCUUGUUAAAGUUGAUGCAAAGACAAAGGCACAACUAGAUGAAUGGAAAGCAAAGAAGAAAGCUUCUAAUGGGACUGCGAGGCCAGAAACUGUCACGAAUGAUGAUGAAGAAGCCUUAGAUGAAGAAACAAAGAGAAGAGAUCAGAUGAUCAAAGGGGCCAUUGAAGUUUUAAUACGAGAAUACUCCAGUGAGCUCAAUGCCCCCUCACAGGAAUCUGACUCUCACCCCAGGAAGAAGAAGAAGGAGAAGAAGGAGGACAUUUUCCGCAGAUUUCCAGUGGCCCCACUGAUCCCCUACCCACUCAUCACUAAGGAGGAUAUAAAUGCUAUAGAAAUGGAAGAAGACAAAAGAGACCUGAUAUCCAGAGAGAUCAGCAAAUUCAGAGACACACACAAGAAACUGGAAGAAGAGAAAGGCAAAAAGGAGAAAGAAAGACAGGAAAUUGAGAAAGAACGGAGAGAAAGAGAGAGGGAGCGUGAAAGGGAACGAGAAAGGCGAGAACGGGAACGAGAAAGGGAAAGAGAACGUGAACGAGAAAAAGAGAAGGAACGGGAGCGGGAACGAGAACGAGAUAGGGAUCGUGACCGGACAAAAGAGAGAGACCGGGACCGGGACCGUGAGAGAGACCGAGACCGCGAUCGGGAAAGGAGCUCGGAUCGGAACAAGGAUCGGAGUCGAUCAAGAGAAAAGAGCAGAGAUCGUGAAAGGGAACGGGAGCGAGAAAGAGAGAGAGAGAGAGAACGGGAACGAGAAAGAGAACGAGAACGAGAGAGAGAACGAGAAAGAGAACGGGAACGAGAGAGAGAGAAAGACAAAAAGCGUGACCGAGAAGAGGAUGAAGAAGAUGCUUAUGAACGAAGAAAACUUGAAAGAAAACUCCGAGAGAAAGAAGCUGCUUACCAAGAGCGCCUUAAGAAUUGGGAAAUCAGAGAACGGAAGAAAACUCGGGAAUAUGAGAAAGAGGCUGAAAGAGAAGAAGAAAGAAGAAGAGAAAUGGCAAAAGAAGCUAAAAGACUGAAAGAAUUCUUAGAAGAUUAUGAUGAUGAUAGAGAUGAUCCCAAAUAUUACAGAGGAAGCGCUCUUCAGAAAAGGUUGCGUGAUAGGGAAAAGGAAAUGGAAGCAGAUGAACGGGAUAGGAAGAGAGAGAAGGAAGAGCUAGAGGAAAUCAGGCAGCGCCUUCUGGCUGAAGGGCAUCCGGAUCCAGAUGCAGAGCUCCAGAGGAUGGAACAAGAGGCUGAAAGGCGCAGACAGCCACAAAUAAAGCAAGAACCUGAAUCAGAGGAAGAAGAAGAAGAAAAGCAAGAAAAAGAAGAAAAACGAGAGGAACCCAUGGAAGAGGAAGAAGAGCCGGAGCAAAAGCCCUGUCUCAAACCAACUCUGAGGCCCAUCAGUUCUGCCCCAUCCGUUUCCUCUGCCAGUGGCAAUGCAACCCCCAACACUCCUGGGGAUGAGUCUCCAUGUGGUAUUAUUAUUCCUCAUGAAAAUUCACCAGAUCAACAACAGCCUGAGGAACAUAGGCCAAAAAUAGGACUAAGUCUUAAACUGGGUGCUUCCAAUAGUCCUGGUCAGCCUAAUUCUGUGAAGAGAAAGAAACUCCCGGUAGAUAGUGUCUUUAACAAAUUUGAGGACGAAGACAGUGAUGAUGUACCCCGAAAAAGGAAACUGGUUCCCUUGGAUUAUGGUGAAGAUGAUAAAAAUGCUGCCAAAGGCACUGUAAACACUGAAGAAAAGCGUAAACACAUUAAGAGUCUCAUUGAGAAAAUUCCUACAGCCAAACCUGAGCUCUUUGCUUAUCCCCUGGAUUGGUCUAUUGUGGAUUCUAUAUUGAUGGAACGACGGAUUAGACCAUGGAUUAAUAAGAAAAUUAUAGAAUACAUAGGUGAAGAAGAAGCUACAUUAGUUGAUUUUGUUUGUUCUAAGGUUAUGGCUCAUAGUUCACCUCAGAGCAUUUUAGAUGAUGUUGCCAUGGUACUUGAUGAAGAAGCAGAAGUUUUUAUAGUCAAAAUGUGGAGAUUAUUGAUAUAUGAAACAGAAGCCAAGAAAAUUGGUCUUGUGAAGUAAAACUCUUUUUACAUUUAGAGUUCCGUUUCAGAUUUCUUCUUCUUCCCCACCCUUCAGAGGACUUUGGCUUUUUCUUUGUCUUCAAAGACAUUUGUGAGAUCUGUAAUUUUUUUUUUUUUUUUUUUAAAUGUAGAAAAUGUGAAUUUUUUUGUCCUCUAAUUUGUUGAUGCCCUGUGUACUCCCUUGGUUGUAAAGACAUCUGAAUCCUGCCUUGGUUUUCUUUAUACUCACCAGGUACAAAUUACUGGUAUGUUUUAUAAGCCGCAGCUACUGUACACAGCCUAUCUGAUAUAAUCUUGUUCUGCUGAUUUAUUUCUUGUAAAUAUUAAAAUGACUCCCCAAUUCUUUUGCA